AUGAUGAAUAAACUCAAGAACUUGUUGUUCAAGAAUCGAGGCGAAAAGACGAGCUCGAGCGAGAACUCGUUUGACGAGAUUCACGAUCUCAACGAAAAAGCAGCUUAUGAAUUCCACCGUAGACUGUAUCUCGACGAUUGCGAAAUAGAUCAAAAGGAGUUGGAGUUGAACUUCGACAAAAAUGGAGCAUCAAGGCCAAACCCAUUCGACCAAAACUCGUCCCUUUUGAUCCAAGAAAUCAUCCACGAUGAUUACGCUGGUAUCCACGUUGAAGAUGACUCGCGUUAUCAUGAAGUCAGAGGCGCCGUUCCGAGCUGGGAUGAUUUCAGCAUGCCUCAAGCCACCAUCAGAGCAUGGACUAUAGGAUUGAUCUUGACUACAAUUGGCUCGGCAAUGAAUAUGUAUUUUUCACUUCACUCACCUGCAAUUAGAAUCACCACUAUGGUUAUUUCGAUCACGGCCUACCCUUUGGGUAGACUUUGGGCUUGGUGCGUGCCGGAUUGGAGCAUUUGGGGACUCAAACUCAAUCCAGGUCCAUUCAACGUCAAAGAGCACGCUGUAAUCACGAUCAUGGCCAACGCUUCAUUCAGCGGCGGAGCAGCUUACGCCACCGACAUUUUGGUUACAAUGAACAAAUUUUACAAUGUCGAUUUCGGUCUCGGGUUUGCCAUUGUUGCCAUUCUUUCAACAAACAUGAUUGGUUUCUCCAUGGGUGGCUUGAUUAGAAAAUUUGUUGUUGAUAGUCCGUCUGCGAUUUGGCCUUCCAACUUGGUCACUUGUACAUUCUUAACAAACAUGCACAUAAACGAAAACCAUCCAGUCAACGGUUGGCACGUCUCGCGUCUCAAGUUUUUUUUAGUCAUUUCCAUUGGCAGCUUUAUUUAUUAUUGGUUCCCCGGUUACAUUUUCCGAGCAUUGAGUUAUUUCAGUUGGUUAACUUGGAUUCGUCCAAGAGACGUUACCGUCAAUCAAAUCUUUGGAUCUAGUUCGGGGUUGGGUAUGAUUCCCAACAUGAUUGCAUUGGACUGGAACCAAAUUGCCGGUUACGUUGGUUCGCCAUUGAUUCCGCCAGCAGGAACCAUCGCUACUGUGUUCCUUUCGAUGAUUCUAAUUUUCUGGAUUAUCACGCCCAUCGUCUCAUUCACAAAUACUUGGUACGGUGACUAUGUUCCUAUAUCUUCACCCGGCUCCUUUGAUAGGUAUCAAAACCCGUACAAUGUCAGCAGAAUCGUCGAUACAAAAACAUUGACGUUUAUCGAAGAGGAGUACAAGAAAUACUCACCUUUGUUCUUGUCCACCACUUUUGCAAUUUCAUACGGGUUGUCAUUUGCAUCAAUCACCGCCACGGUUAUGCACACCAUCUUGUUCCACGGUAAAGAAGUGCUCGACCAAAUCCGGGUCAAAGAAACCCCAGAUGUCCACAACAGAUUGAUGGCACGUUACAAAAAAGUGCCAGAAUGGUGGUUUUUGAUUGCAUUCUUGAUCUUCUUUACGUUGUCGAUUGUGACCAUCAGGUGCUGGGACACCGAAAUGCCAGUUUGGGCACUAAUCGUUGCACUUCUCAUUGCCUUUGUCUUUUUGCUCCCCGUUGCAAUCAUAUUCGCCAGAACCAAUAUCUUGGUCGGCUUAAACGUUCUCAGUGAGUUUAUCGUCGGCUACAUGGUCCCCAAGAAACCCCUAGCUUGUCUCUUUUUCAAGACCUUUGGUUACAUCUCCAAUGCGCAAGCGGUCACUUUUGCACUGGACAUGAAGUUGGGCCACUAUAUGAAAAUUGCCCCCUAUAACAUGUUUUUUGCGCAGUUUGUAGCUGCAACGUGGUCCUGUCUUGUUCAGAUUGCCGUGUUAAAAUGGGCUUACGGGGCAGUCGAGGGGUUGUGUACGCCGCACCAGCGCAACGGCUAUGUCUGUCCUGGAGCUAGGGUGUUUUUCAAUGCCUCCAUCAUCUGGGGUGCCAUUGGACCACAGCGUCAGUUCUCGCACGGACAAAUAUAUUACGGGUUAUUGUUUUUUUUCAUUGUUGGGUUGAUUCUUCCCAUCAUCAACUGGUUGAUUUUGAGAAAAUGGCCAAAGAGCGUGGUGAGAUAUUUACAUUGGCCCGUGUUCUUUUCCGGUACCGGGUUCAUUCCUCCCGCGACCCCGUUCAAUUAUACCUCAUAUUGCAUCGUCGGGUUGGUGUUUGGAUGGUGGAUCAAGAGAAAGUACUUUCACUGGUGGACCAAAUACAACUAUUCCUUAUCAGCCGGUUUGGACGUUGGUUUGGCUUGGAGUUCGUUGAUAAUUUCCCUCGCUAUGGGUUUGACCAAUACAUCAUUUCCAAGCUGGUGGGGCAACGACGUGGUUACAAGCACGGCUGAUUAUGACACCAUGAGCAACAUCAGAAAGCUCUUGGAACCCGGUGAAGCUUUUGGUCCAUCGAGUUGGUAG